UCUGCGAGCGCCGCCGCGCCGAGCGCUAGCCGCCAGCCGCCGCGCCAGCCGCCGCCGCAACCACAACCAUGUUCCGCAGCCAAUACGACACCGAUGUCACGGUGUGGAGCCCCCAGGGCCGCCUCCUCCAGGUCGAGUACGCCAUGGAGGCCGUCAAGCAGGGCUCCGCGUGCUUAGGGUUGGUCGGCAAGGAUGGGGUGGUCUUAGCUGCCUUAAAAAGGCAGCCGAACGAGCUGAGCGGUCACCAGAAAAAACUUCUCAAGAUCGACGACCACUUAGUCAUUGCGGUCGCUGGUUUAAAUGCCGACGCGAGGACUUUGGCGAAAGUCAUGAGGACGGAGUGCCUCAAUCAUAGAUAUGUGUAUGGCGCCCCGCUCCAAGGCGCCCGACUCGUACAGGACAUCGCGGACAAGUACCAGCGGUGCACGCAGACUUAUGUCAGAAGACCCUAUGGCGUCGGGUUGUUGGUGGCGUGCUGCGACGCGACGGGGCCGCACUUGUACGAGACGUGUCCGUCGGGCAAUUUCAGCGAGUUUGUCGCCGUCGCGAUUGGCGCUCGAGCCCAGUCGGCCAAAACUUACUUAGAGAAGCACCACAAGACCUUCAAGGACACGCCGGUCGAGGAGCUGUGUACUCAUGCUCUCCAAGCACUGGCCUGUGUGGAAAUCAACCGGUGUGCCGCUAUCUCGACACCGCGGCCCUCGUUUUGGCUCAAACUCGGACACGACCUCCGAGACCCACGCGACCGUAUCCAGAGAGCAGCACCUCACUCCCACCCCGAGAGACCCCGAAUCGAAGGGCGCUUGAAGUUUUAUUUCCCCACAGGCAUUGGCCGGUUGCGUCGCUGGCGACAAGGAACUCGACGCGGCGGCCGCGUCCCUAGCCGUCGUGACUGCCGAUGGGCAGUCGCGCUUGAUUGAGGACGCGGAGGUGCAGAAGUACCUCGACCUGGUGGAAGUGGAGAAGACGGCCGCCCAAACGGAGGGCAUGGAGCUCGAGGGGGCGUCGGCCUAGGUCCAUCCGCGUAAGGGGCUUAUUCUAUCUCUCUCGUCGAUGGCGUCUAGGCUCUCGCGUUGGGGGCCAGGGCUCCGCUCACCUCGGGCUCUGGGCAAAAAUAGGAACGCAGCAAGCCAGCGCCGAGC